AUGCCGCGUUCCCGAUCGCUAGCCCCAGGUGUGUUCCUCGGGGCCUGCGCUUUGCUGGUGCUCCUACCAGCAAGCUACACAUUCAGCAUCAGCGGCGUUCGUGCGCCAGGGCGUGAGGCCCUCUUCACAGCGCAUGCUUUAGAAGCACAUGCUGUCCAGCGCACCACAGGCUCAGGGCUGCCAGGGCUGCCAGGCGCAACUUGCGGCAUCCUUGCGUGUGCCUUCAUCUCUGCUGCCAUUGGUUGCCGUGCGGCACGUCCAGCGCAGAAGAGCUACAUCGUGAGGCGAGCUGAGGAGGAUGGCGAGGCACCAUCGAUUCUGGGCGGCGUAUUGGGGGCCGUGAAGCAGGAUCAGGAGGAGGAAGAUGAGCAGGCGGCAGCCGGCCAAAUGGGAAGCCAAGGUACACCGGGUUCGCAGGCUGACACGGUGGCACAGUACCUUGACAAGGAUAUUGAUGAGACAGACCUUAAGCAGUACAUUGAGGAGUUCGAGGCUUCGCAGGAUGAGUCACUUGAACGAUUGACACGAUACGAUCUCUACCCCUCGAAGCAGUACAUUCUCUACUUGGCUAAGAUGAAUGCCAGGAAGACUUGGACAAGAGAUGGACCCGACGGGAAGAACAUCGGCUGCCUUGAAGUUCAGAUUGCUGUUUUGACGGAGCGGAUCCGCAACAUAGUGCUCCAUGCCAGGGAGUUCAAGCCAGACAAUGCUUGUCGUGUCAAGCUUGUGAUGUUGGUGUCCCGCCGCCGCCGUUACCUCGACAAGCUAGCAAGGAAGAACUUGGAUGCUUACAUGAAGAUCCGCGAGGAGCUGAAGAUCCGUCACGUCUAUCGCUUGGAUGCCUUGAUCGGCCGCUUGGGUGCUUACGUGUACCCCCAGCGAAACCGCCCCCAAGCUCCAGGUCGCAAGACCUUGAACAGGCUCAAGAAGACUAAGCGAUUGAUGAGCAACCGCCUUGCCAAUUACUUGCGCCAGGGCAGGGAUAAAAUGGACAUCUUCCGAGCACGGCAGAAGAUGAAUUCCCGUCGUUGGUUGGCGCGGUCCUGGGACGAAGCAGCCUUACUGGUCGCCGACAAGCCCCUCACCAAAUUUGUCGACCCGCUGAACUUGCCCUGUGUUGCUUACGAGAUAGACAAUGCCCGGAAGUGGCCGAACUACCAAGAAUCUCUUUGCAUUGUUGAUUCCGCCGAGCUGACAAACCAGCUGCCAGACUUCUCGCGCUUGCCUGAUCGCGUCAAGAAGUCGCUGCCCCCGUACAAUGGGAAGGCGGUCAGCGAGAGGUCACCAGUGCUAAGACUCCUGUGCAUCCACGGUGCCGCAGACAGCUACAGCGUGGACUGGUGCAACUUGGAGGAGGAGGCUCCACCAGAGAUUGAGGUAGCGACGCACGAGUUCCCGGGGCAUGGACACCGCGACAUCGAGCCUUUCUGCUCGAAAUUGGAUGAGCUGUGCGAUGAUUGCUUUGAUGCCUUCCGAGAAGCGAUGGACACAGGAGCUUUUGCUCUACUGGGGCACUCUAUAGGCGCUCUGAUGGCAAUCAAGAUUGCGAAGCGAGCUCGAGCGGAACUAGGUGUUGAGCCUGUGGCAGUAAUCAUGCUGGAGAGGGGCGCAGCGCAGCAUCCUCUCUUCACAGAAGUUGGAGCAGAGAGACUGCGGAGCGAUCCCGUUAGCUUCUUCGAGUAUUGGAAUCCUACCGUCAUUAAGUUCUUCAAGAGCGCUGGCGACAUUGGAAAACGCACGCUGGACAUGUGGGCAAAGGACCAGAUCAUGGACCAGGAUGCUAUCGAGGUUGGAUAUCACACCUUCAAAUGCCCCCUGACUGCGAUAGCAGCAGAUGGCUCAUGGGAUACGUGGGUCAAGUUGGACGACCUUGACGAAGUGCAGCGCGACCUGACGAGCAAGAGAAUGGAAGUAGGUGCUUAUCACGUUCAGAAAGAGGGUAAAGCCUUUGCUGGGCAUUUUCCAGAAUGGACGUACGAUGGUUGGAAGGAGUGGACUGAGCAUCCAAAGGGGUGCCGCAUCGUGAAGUGCAAAGACUGCGAGCCUCAGCGUUGCACAUAUGAUGCUAUACUUCAGAUUUGA